GACGUCCGGACGAGUUCGGUCGUUCAGUGAGUUACGAGAGUUGUAACCGCGGGUCUCUCUCUCUGUUAGUUAAACCGAAGAUACGCGUACGUUAUAAGUCGAUUCGGUCGGUCGAACGGCGUCAUUGACAAGAACGCGGCUAGCAGUAAAAAGGAAUCCCCCUUUUAUCGUUCGGCCCUAUACGGAACGCGGGGGUGGCGCCGAAACGCCGAUCGUUCUUCGCGGGAAUACCCUGUCCAACCCCCGAUUUUGCUACCUUGCACGGCUAGCUGCGCUCCCCGGGUCCGCAACAGGUUCGAAUUUAUGGGACAAUAAGGAGUGUGCUGUGCGUAGUGCGCGUGUAUAUCUCUCUUCAUCUCUCUCUCUGUUCCUCUUACCUCUUCAUCCCCGCACACCCUCCCGCCCCCCCCUCGAUUUCUUGCCCUCCGCCUUUCGCUCUCUCUCUCUUUCUCUUGUUGUCGGUCCAUUCCGCCACUCGAGAGAACAGAGAAAAAAAAACAAAAAGAAGAAGAAGAAGAAGAGGAAGAGCGCAAAGAGAGGGACGAGAGAAGGAGAGAACUGUAGUCGGGGCCGGGCUAUCAAACUCUCAUAAAACUGUCAGCCGCCCGACCGCCGAGCUGACUUAUGCGCGCCCCUUCUCCCGCACGAGACACGAAAGUUUGCGGGGCCGUCCCGUAACCGGCUGUACACCGUCUUCGAACAUCCCCCGUGUGGACGAAACGAUAGCGGCUGCGUAUACGUCGGAUCGCACCCCUUUACGGCAAAGGAAAAAUUGAAGCGAACCUCUGACCCCUUGACGCGCUACGAGGCGUGCGUGGGAUAUCGGAACGGCGGCACUUCUCGUUCGGGGGUCGAAAUUAAAGCCUUCAAUAUUUAGAUCGCCGUACAAGAGAGUCCGGUGGGCAAAACCUAUGCCCUCCCGAUCCAUCCCCCGUAUUAUAAUAAAAAACGAAUAGGGGGGGGGAGGGGGGCGCGUGCGCGAGUAUCCCCCGAAUAUCGCGGGACGAAAGAGGUUUCGCCGUACGGUUUCUCCGCGGUUGACGUCGCAGUCGUCGGUAGUUCUUCUCUCCUUGGUGGGACCCCCACUACCAGAAGCUCCCAAAUAUCUCUCCAUUAGCCCCCCUGGCGGGCUACCCCCACCCAGAGGCGAACCGAUGCUGCGCACCCCUCUCCACCCUUGUCACUACGGGCAGCAGCAGCAGCAGCAGCAGCACCACCAGCACCCAGCGGCAACGACAGCGGCGGCAGCAGCGGCAGCAGCAGCAGAAGCAAAAGCGGAGAACGGGGUUGAAGAAUCCUCGUCGUCGGCAAGAGAGACCAAUCAAGGUUUGACGGACGACUGGGAUUGGUCGCUGCCUCUGACACGCAGCGCGGCACGUGACACCGCUACCGCACCGGCCCCCGAGAUCACGGCUCAGUACGAUACGACCGCCCUUCGCGCACGCAACGCAUUGCGGAACCCGACGAAACACUGGUGUACGAAAACGCACUAGUGUCUCCGACUGCCGUUCGAAGGAAAGAUUGUUAUAAAACAAACAAACGAAAGAUAUAAAAAAAAAAAAAAAACAAACAAAAAACAAGAAAACAAUCCGGAGCGGUACCACAACGGAAACCGAACGCACGUUACCGUCAGCGAACACCUCGAACGAGGUGCUGGCGACGGCGUCGUCGUCGUCGUCGUUGUCAUCGUCAUCGUCGUCGUUGUCAUCAGCGUCGUUCGAUUGCAUCUUCGCAUUUAGAAACAGGGACGUUUGUCCCGUUCCCUUCGUCCUGGGAAGGUCGUCGCGACGCUCCUUGCCCGGGGGAGUCUUCGGGGGGGUUCUCCGACAGAUCUCGCUGCGUUAAUUCAUUCAUUUUGUGUUGUUUUUUGUCGAUAUUCGUCGUUUUGAAAAAAAAAAGCAAAAAACAAAAAAAAAAAAAAAUAAGAAACAAGUGUACGUACAUGAAGACAGUGUCGAAUUCGCACCACCGAUUAUAUCCGCGCGCGGGACCCUAUGGACCGGAUUUCAAUGGAUCUUACGACGUGUCGUUGCCGUUGCCGCCGAUGCUGUUGGCUGCACCCCGUAGGCAAUUGCGCCUCGUAAGGUCGUAAAGAAACGGAAGACAGUUUUAUAGCCUCGGCCACGUGGCGCUCGUAAACCAACUUGACUUUGGGCUGCUUGCCUGCCUGCCUGCCUUGCCUGCCUUUCCUGCGGGCCGCCUCGUACCGGCAGGAGCAACACUCUCUAUUAGCCGGGUGACCCUUGUUCAUUAUCGAAUCGUUAAUCGUGUUUAAGUCAACAGACACCUUACCCCAUCCCCAAUGUGUAAACGUCGAUUUACUAAGUGUGAAUCGUAAAGAGAAUUCGCCCGCUUAAAUCAAGAGUGAAGUGCUCAGAGGACACCGGCUCGCUACCACGUGAAAAACCGAUUGAAUAAAAAAAACCAAAAGAAAAAAAAAACAACGAUGUACCCGAUAAAAGUGUUCGAAUCCAAAUCCCUAAUGUGUUGCGAGUGAAGGUACUGAUACGGGGAAAAGUAUUAAAAUAAAAUCAGAUCGACAAAAAAAAUCGCGCAUCUCUGACAAGAACCGUCGACUGCUCAUCACCUAUCGAAGAUGAGUUCUUAUCAGUUCGUGAAUUCGUUGGCGUCUUGCUACGCCGGACAACAGCCCCAGCAGCCUCCGAGGCCGACACCCAAUUCGCCCGGAGAGCCUAUGCAGGCCGCUUCGCCGGCCGGCGGCGAUUAUUACAAUCCGAAUGCCGCUGCUACCAGUUAUCCGCCCACGUGUUACUCUCCGCAGCAACAUUAUCCGCAGCAUCCUUACGCUACGCCCGCCGCCACCAUGCAGCAUCCGGCGCCAACGGGGAUGAUAGACUACACGCAACUUCAGCCUCAACCUCGUUUGAACGCGACCGCGACGUCGCAACAGCAGCACAUGCACCCCCAGCAGCAACAAUCGCAUCACACGCAACAGCAUCAUCCCCAACAACUCCACCCCGAUCCGACGUCGCCGCUUCUCCAGGGCGCUCCCGCCACCGCGGUACCGUCGUCGGCCAGUUGCAAGUACGCGGAUUCGACAUCGUCGACCAGUGUAGCGUCACCCCAGGAUUUAACCACUUCCACGUCGAGGAAUAGCCCGACACCGCUGGUGGCGCCCGGUUCGAGUAAAACCUCCGGGCUGACCUCGCCACCGGGUAGUUCGUCGAGGUCCUCGGUAGCCGCCUCCGCUGCUUCUCCGCCCGGUGGAAGUUCGAGGGGUGUCGGUGGCGAGGGUACGUCAACGCUGACGACAGCCUCGUCGGCUUCGUCGCCGGCUUCCUCGACGUCGAGCACGUCGAGCACCGGCAACAAUUCGUCGAACAAGGGAAACGCGAGCGGCGGAAAUCCGCCGCAGAUCUACCCGUGGAUGAAGAGGGUUCACAUCGGACAGAGUACGGUGAACGCUAACGGUGAGACUAAACGACAGAGGACAUCGUACACCAGGUAUCAGACGUUGGAGCUUGAGAAGGAGUUCCAUUUCAAUCGGUACCUGACCAGAAGACGACGUAUCGAGAUCGCUCACGCGUUGUGUCUUACGGAACGACAGAUAAAAAUAUGGUUUCAAAAUAGGCGAAUGAAAUGGAAGAAGGAGCAUAAAAUGGCUAGUAUGAACAUAGUACCCUACCAUAUGUCACCGUACGGUCAUCCCUAUCAAUUCGCUCCGCACCCCGGUCAGUUCGCGCAUUUGGCCACAUAGGACGAAUUCUCGCCCGCCGAGCUUGGAGCGCACGCGGUCCGGUUUCCCGGAAUGUACGGCGAACAGAAUUUUUAAGCUUCACGUUAACAACGACGAGAAAAACUUACGAAUCGGACGAACGAUAACGGUGUAGAAAAUUAAGCUGAUUCCAGACGAAAGACUACAAUUCCUAGACAGUUUUAUCGUAUUCAAAGCAGCUUAAUUUUCCACCGAAACGUACAUCUGAAGUAAAAAAUUCUGCAUCAUCAUCUUGGAAGAAAACAAAAUGAAGAAAAAAAAAAAAAAGAAAUUUAUUGCCGUGUUUCCGAAAUUUGAACAGACUGGACGUGCUCCGAGUAAUUCUCGCGUUACGAAAGAACAAGAACAAGAACAAAAAAAAAAAAUUAAAUAAAAGAGAAAAAGAACAAUGAUACAAAUUCUUACAAAAUUUAUUGGUAAGAAAUUUGAAGAAACGUGACGAAUUUAUUCUCAGCGGGCGAGGUAAUCGAAUAUACAUAAUUAUAAUUGUAGCUUGUCUAGACAUCUGGUUAAAUAAUUACCCAAAACUUUAUACAGUUGCAGCUGAUCUAAUAUUUAUUUGUCAUAAGCCGGAUGCGUUCAAUUCCUUAUUUGAAUCCUGUUCAAUUUAUUCUAUUUUAAUUUUUUUUUUCUUUUUUUUUUUUUAACUAAAUUACCUCAUAUUCUCUUCAUCCUUGCGGGCGAGGUCCGAAAGUUUAUAAUUUUUACAACACCUGUACAGUAUUUUCAACUUAAAUUAAUUUUCGCCAACACCACCAUUAUGCAUAUACGUAUAUGAGUACAAGAACACAAUUAGAAGGAAAAAAAAAACACAAUAUAGAAAAAUUACAAAUUUUAUUUCGAAUGAAAUAUAUUUGACAAAAUAUUCGUCAGCUGCAUCUGAAGGUAGAAUAAUUAAUAAUGCUCUCUGUAAAUAUAUUAUACAUAGUGUGCACCGCACAAUUAUUGUAUAACGCGUAUAUGUAUAUUACAAUAAUUAUAUUGAGCUGCUGCAGGUCUCCAAGGAGCAGAUAAAUUUCUGCAGUUUUUCUGUUUCCUAAAAAGUCUGUAUAAUAAUAAUAAUAUUAUUAAUAACAAUAAUAACAAUAAUAGUAAUAAUAGUAAUAACGAUAACAAUAUUAUUAAUAAUGAUUGUAACAAAAAUACGAUGUCCUGCAUGAUAAGUAUGUGUGUAUAAUGGUGUUGAUGAUACGAAGAUGCAGGUGAUGAAGAUGUGACGACGAUGUGACGGUGAUGAGGAGAAAUGCGGAGUUUAUAGAGAAAUUUAGUUCACAUACACGUACGUAAACCGGCUUACACGCGGGAUAUUUAUAUGUAUAAAAUUAUUGAACAAAAAAAAAAAAAACUAAAUAAUCAACGUGUCGCUAUGGGUAUCUACUGUCGUAGGCCAUUUGAUAAAGAAAAGUAAAAAGAAAAAAAAAUGACAAAAAAAAAAAAAACGAAAAAACGAAACAAAAAUAAUACCAAUAUAAUGUACCUACACGUUCGCCACAGAUAAUAAUUAUUGAAGAGGAGAGAAUAAACGAUAAAAAAAAAAAAAAAAAAAAAAA